CUAAGGAUAAGAUGCUCAUUGAACAAGAAGAAGAAAUAAUAAACCUCGAUGUAAAUAAUGCGCUUACUUGUGGGUACAGCGACAAGGUUUGCGCUUCUUUGUUCCCAUCCUUCUCAAAAGAGUAAGUGUUUAAUUCCAGUCGUUUACCCUCAUUUGAGAAGAAUGGCGCAUUACUUAACGGAGAUGAGAGGACGACAAAAUUCGCCUGACUACAGGGUUUACUUCAAAACCUCAAAUGGAAAGUACAUAUCUCCCUUCCAUGACAUUCCUCUGCAUGUUGCUGAUGAACAGGAAUGUGGUGUUCCACCAAAGAAACUUAAAACAAAUGAGAUCCUGUUUAAUAUGGUUGUAGAAGUACCUCGCUGGACCAAUGCGAAAAUGGAGGUAGGAACAAAGGAACCAUUAAACCCGAUCAAGCAAGAUGUGAAGAAAGGAAAGCUGCGAUAUGUAGCUAACAUUUUUCCACAUAAAGGUUACAUUUGGAACUACGGUGCGCUUCCACAGACAUGGGAGGAUCCUAACCACACUGAUAAAGAAACCAAGUGCUGUGGAGACAAUGACCCCAUAGACGUGGUUGACAUCGGCUCCAUUGUGUGCGUAACCGGGCAGGUGAUUCAAGUUAAGGUUCUCGGAAUUCUGGCUUUGAUAGAUGAAGGAGAGACUGACUGGAAGGUAAUAGCCAUCAAUAUAGAGGACCCUGAUGCAUUGAGCCUUAACAGCAUUGGAGAUGUCAGAAAGGUUAAACCGGGUUUUCUUGAGGCUACAGUGGAUUGGUUUAAAAAAUACAAAGUGCCAGAUGGAAAGCCUGAGAACCAGUUUGCAUUCAAUGGACAGUUUAAGGAUAAGGACUUUGCCAUAGAAGUCAUAAAAUCAACACACAGCUACUGGAAAGCAUUAGUGUUGAAAACAAAGACAAAUGAUGUCCAAAUUGUUUGUCAGAACUCCUCUUUGUGUGAUAGUCCGUACAAAUGCAGUGAUGCAGAGGCCAGUGCAGUAGUCAAAGCUGCUGCAGAAUAUGCAGAACCCCUCCCGGUGUCUCCUGAUGUGGACAAAUGGCACUUCUUGUCGAAGUAAACUUGUUUCUUUCACAAAACAACUUGCAGGGUAGUCUUAAAAAGCCAGAAGACAAACAGGCUGUGCUUCAAAGUUUCAAUAUUUAAGUUUCAUUAAUGUGAUUUUUAGAUCAUUGUUUAUCACCAAGGGACACCACUACUUGAUAUAUAUUCAUUUGUUGUCGUGAAGCAUCAGUUGAGCAAGUAACUUGCAUGUAAGCAAGUAAUUCAUAUUUUUUUAAUUGCCAGACCGAUUUUGGUGGCACGUUUCUGCAUUAACAUUAUAAUGGUUUUGUACUUUAUAUUGUUAUUGUUACUGUACUUCAAAAUACAAGUGUUUAAGUGCCAAACCUGUCUCUAUUCAAACUUUUUACGGUUAUGCAUUUGCACUUUUAACCAAAGCGACUUACAGUGCAUUUUAUCUAUGCAUGGCUUUUAAAACAUCAUCAGACACAUGUGUUAGCCUGGCUGAGCUUAAGCAUUUUUUAAAACAGAAACGGGGAAAAAUGUAGGGAACAGAUAACAUAUUAUCCACACAGAAAUGUAAUUACUGUCAAAGAUGCCUGUACCAAAUCAUAAGCAAUGGGUAAUUAUUUAUUCUAAACAGCUGAAAUGCAGUACCAAUUAAAUUUUGUUUAAUACAGAAUACAAAAUAAAUUUCAUUUUCAAUCUAAGAUUUUUUUUGUUGUUCAGUGCCAAAAAGUCUGCGGAAAUCCUCUAUUUCCUUACAAAAAUAAAUCUAUUUCCAUAUACAAGACAGCAAGAAGUAACUUGGAAGAAAAAAUCAACAUGUAAUGGUAUGAAAAAUAACUAGGACAAUGUGAAUACUUGAAAUAAAUAUAAAUUUAUUAAAAACACCCACAAUUCAGCAAUAUCAGGAAUGAUGACAAAUCAACAAAUAACUUUCAAAUAAACUGCAUUCAGUUCUUCAGUACAUUACAAUACUUACAGUAUUCAACGGCAUUCUUGAUUCAACGUUUUAAGCAUGACAGAUUUUUUAAAGAGUACAAGGAAAGCGAUACAAAAAAGGCAGAAAAUAGCACAUUUAAGUCUUUAGUGUCUAAUGUUGAAAAUACCAAUGUGUGUACAUAAACUUCUAGCUUAAAGUAAGAGUUCUGCACCCCAGUAUGUUAGUUGAAGUCAGAAAUUCGUUCAAGUAAAGUUGACUCCACUCAGAAACACUCCGAAGCAACUUCAAGUAUGGCUAUUCGUGUCACCCGCUAUUAUCUAAACGCUCUUCUCCUGCUUCAUAUGUUGCUACUCAAGCUGGGUCCUGUACGCUGAAAUUAAACAACUAAACUACUAAAUGGAAGGUUCUUCCAUAACUAGUGAGUACAUCAGAGUAAUUUCUUGUAAACAUAGCUGUUGUAGGCAAAAACUCUAGAAACCUGCAUACGAACAAGAGCGUUUGUUACAGGCUACAUUUCGCAAUUUCUAAUAGAUGUGUAGGGUGACAGUACGUGUAACACGAAAUUGACUAUUUAACAUUAAAAAGCUGGACAUAGAAUAAAGAAUGGACUUCGACUAAAGCAAUGCAAGCAUGUGGUUUAUACAACGUGGCAAUUUAUUACAUUUACAUUACAAUAGUCUGCCUAUUUUAAAUUUACAUAGAUUUUUGUAGUAUGUAAUUAUUUAUUUUUUUAAACAAAUGAAGUGCUUUUAUUCAUAUAAAUGUUAUAGUGGAAUUAGUUUUAUUACCAAGGACUUAAUAAAUAUAAUUAGCUUCAAUAAAUGUGGAUAUGGGAGGCAUUAGUGUAUGUUUAAAGGCUGUAAAUACAUUUAGCCUCAAACUAUACAUAUGCAACUAAAUGUGCAUAUAAUAACUGACUUGGUCUUUAAGUGAGGAGCACAUGCAUUGCUUUAUAUAUUUCAAAGCCUUUUCCUUGCCUUUUUCCUUUAAUGGACUGAUUUCUUGUUCUGAUUUCUUCUGGGAAAAAAAUGUGAGCAUUCCACUUUAACACGGUAUGAAAAUGCAUGUCAUUUAAUUUUUUU